CACAUGUCCGUUACAGUAGAGUCAUAUGACUUCAGUCGAUGAAAAUGAUAGCUGGAUGCAGCCAGCUUAAACCUGUAGUGCUUGUUUUGAUCUUGAAUUUAUGUUUUUACGCAAGUUAUCAACUGAACGACCUGCAGGUAUGUGAGCUCUGCAGCGGCGCGGUCCUGAACGGCACCGCAGUGGGCCAGUUUUGCUCCUCGUCCGCUGGUCGGAUAGACGGGCGCUGCUGCUUGAGACAUGACAACACGGGCGACCCUGAACACAUCAUCGGGUUGGAUCUGUCUAAUUGUUCACUAACUCACGUGGAGGAUUUUCAUGGAGCAUCAAAAGCAUUAAUGAUAGACCUCUCACUCAAUCCUAUUGUCAACAUCAGCGACACGGCAUUUCAAGGAUUUACUGAGUUAAAUUUCUUGAUUUUGCCACAACACAUAGUUUGUCCAGGGGGCAACACUUCGUGGGAAAAGGUGGAGAUCAAAGAGGGAAACCGCCUUUGUGAAGGCCAGAAAGAUAUGUGCAACCAGACUGGACAGCUGUCCAUCAACUGCCCGGAGAACUCCCUCUGCGCCCCCUACGGCCCCAGCUUCUUCGAGUGCAGCUGUGCGGUCAACUUUCACGGAUACAAGUGUCUUCGAGAGGGGGAGUUCCCUAGUCUCCUGGUGUUUGGGCCUCUCGGGGCGUUUACGGUUGUGGUCUCUUUCCUGCUGUGGGCCACGCAGAGACGGAAGGUCAAGUCACAGUGAGGCUGAACUGCAAUCCACUUCUUUACCUGCAAUGAUCUACUGAGCUGAAACUGAAAGGGAAGAUGCUGACACAGAGUCUGAGAUGACCUCAGACUUCUUUUAAACAUUGUUUAAUUUAACUUUAUUUUUAUCUGUUUUAAAUAGUUUUUACAUUUUUGGCAAUACCACUGUUACCAUUAUAAUUCUAUUUUUAAAUGUAGUUGACCGACACGAGACAUUAACGAAAUGUGUAAGAAAAUUCUGAGAAUUUGUUUGCUGUUAAUUGUGCCAAACAUGCACUGAAUGUGUGAGUUUACACGAUAGAGCUACGUGUCCAAAUGCACAUUAGAGGACAUCUGUAGAAUUCGGCAAAUUGUUUACUUCAUGUUGAACACUCAGAGCAAAAAAACCCAAGUCAGGUUCCCUCGAUGAAUCAUGAUGUGGAUCAUCAAAAGAUUUUCUGUAUGAAGUUAUGUUAAAAAAAAGUGAGACAUUGAGUUUAACUGAAGGACUUCAGUAUGUUAUCGGUUUGCUGUUAUGCUGUUACCACAUCUUGUGUGUUUCGAUUCCAAGAUGAAACAAGUUAGUUUCACUUUUUCAUUCAGGGUUCUGAAAAUAUUAAUAAUACAUAUAUAUUGCUUUGCUUGAGUUACCGCCAUGGAAACAUGCAAAUACAAGCAUUUGUAAAUUUGAACACCCUUUGUGGACUCGUUUCUGGAAAUGUCGCCUAAUUAGUUAAGACGUACGUUGUCAUAAACAGUCCUGGUAUGUUCAUUAGAUAUCAACGGAAUAUCAACUAGUGCAUUAACUAAUAAAUGGCUGCUUUCAAGGAAACUGUAUCUGUGGAUAACUUGUGUUCCAAUAUGAGAUUUGAAGCAUGUGAGCACCAUGUGUUGACUUUGACUACAUAACAAACAGUCUGACAUCCUUUGCCAAAAAAAUAUAUAUUUGACUACCGGGUUUAUGUCUCACUUUAUCUUGUUCAAAUGAUCCGUUCCCUAAAAACUAGCCAGAGGAAUGUUAUGGCUCUCAUAAGUUCUUCAUAGAUACUGUACUGCAGCUCUGAGAGUGAUUAGGAAACCAUUUCUGGCUAGUUUAAAUUGCAAUGAGUGCGUGUUGUGAACCACAGUGGAAUUGUUCUGCUCUAAAUACAGGCAAUUAAAUGUUCAGUUGUAAAGAAACAUUCACAACAAAGAUCUAAUAAAACAUCUAGCCUUUACCUGAUAUUUAAAAAAAAAAAAAAAAGACAGAACUCCCCUCCUCACCCCGAGGGAACAAAUCUGUAAUUAUCCAAUCCCAUAAAAACACAAAUGGACUCUGUUUAAAAGAAGCCUUUGCCAUUUCAGAUAUAUAUUUAUUGCAUGCUCAAAGCAUGAUAUUUUGUGUUGUGUGCAAGUGUUCAAGCUCACAAACUUCCCCCAUCAAAAAAAUAAUAAACAGAGAAAGCGCCUCUGAGCAGCAGCUUGUUCACUGGUCCACGUUUUUGACUCUGAGCACCACAGGGACCGAGGUGCACGGGAUCAUUCCCAGAUCUGUGAUGACCAAGUCCACGAAGUCUGGCGGCGUCACGUCAUACACCAGGUUGAGCAGGCCAAGUGAGGGCACCUGCUGCCAGUGCUCCAGCUGGGUCUUCCCUUUACGCGUCACAAUGAGGUCAUCGGGAUCAUCUGGAACGCACAGAUGGAGAUUCACUCUCUAAUUACACACGGGUACAACUGAGCAGAGAGCAGUACUUGACAUGACAUAUUUACGGAAACAAUUCAACAAACCCAACCAGCCGCCGACUAUUUAUUUUUUUCCAUACCUAGUUCAUUGGACACAAAGGAAUCCGUCUGCACCCUCUCACAAAACUUGUAGGUCUCACAACACACCAGCACAGGCACGUUAAAGGCUCGGGCUACCAGAGCUAUCUGUGACGUCCCCACGCGGGACAUGACGUACCCGUUGGCCAGCAGAGCGUGAGCACCAAGGAACACCUUGGAUACCUGUGGAGGUCCAAGAUCAAAGCUUUAUUACGACAUAAACACACAAAAAAAACAGAGAAAAUAUUUGUAUUUGCUUUGGCUACUCUUUGGGUAAAUAUGAACACCUUUCUCGAACGUGCGAAUGUACCUCUGGAAGAAUGUAGGAGACGGCCGAGAUGAGGACGUAGGUGCAGCUGAUGCCUCUCUGGACGAGGCGCCUCAGGGCCUCCCGGCCCUCCAGUCGGGGCCGGCUGUCCACCACGAUCACGCGGAACUUCCUUUUCUUCUCAAAGGCCUCGCACAAGAUGUGGUUGAUCAGCGACGAGCUGAGGCAGACAUGGAAGAAGAGAUGGCGGGUUUAGAGAAUGGCGGGUUUAGAGAAUGUGGAAGGAAGAUGGGAGCUUCACAGGCGAGGCAAGAAAAGGGAAGAGAAAGUGUUAAAAAGCGGUCUGGAGACACGAAUGACAUUUAAACUAAAUGUUGUUCCUUGCAUGUCAGCUUUAAGUGUCUUACCAUCCAUAAACUAGGAUGACGUCUCCGUCGCUGAUCUUUUCUAUGGAGUACUUGGCAAUAGCUUCAGCAGCGAGGAUGAUCUUCUCUUUAAUGUAGCACUCGAUACAGCUCAGCAGUUUGCUCUUUGCCUGAACAGAAGAAGAAAUCAUGAGAGGGGGGUGUAAACUGUGUAUCGGUAACAUUAAGUCUAUGGUAUCUAUGGAAUAUACAACACGUUGUAUGAGUGUAUCAAGUGUGACAAGAACCUCUUCUUCUUUGCAUUGACUAGGAAUAUUGGAGAUCUCUUUCUUGAUGUAUUUGAUUGCAUUACCCAUGCUGGCUGACAGAGGGCGACACUGAUUCAAAAAACUGCGAGGAAAAUAAGACAGAAGCAAAAAUUGUAUGUGUUAAACAGACAAAUGUAAUUUUUUUUUUCUUUUCUUUUCAUGGAGUAACACAUUCAGAGACCUGUAAUAAAAGUGCUGAGUAGGACUCUCUUUGGAACUCUUGCUUGUACCUGAUAUAAGGUUUCAGCUUGUUGACCAAGUCUCUAGAUAGCUCCUCAUUUGGAGGCGUAGUAUAGUCUCUUAUUACCUGAAAGGGGGGGGAAAGAACAUUGCUUUAGUUUGUUGACUUUAAAUCAACCCGCAACAAAAAAAAUCAUGUGUUUUAACCGAACAUUAGAGAAUGUUGCUGGCUGCUAAAAAAUCUGGAGCUAAACUGCAUUGACUGCCAGGAGCUAAACUGCGUCGCAAAUGGGACCUUGUAUUUUUUGUCGCUGUCUAAAAAGCACAAUGGGAUGGUAAUGCAGUCAGACCAAAUAGUGCUUCGUACCUGUUUGAAGGCGUGCAGCAGCGCCACAGAGCGAGCGUUAGAUCCUGCCACGAUGCCCUGUGAAU